GCGUCUGUCCCAGAGCGCGGUCGGGGCUGGAAUUGUCGGGGUGGGAGGCGAGCGUGCGAGCGGGAUCCCCAGCCGCCGAGCGCGCUGCCCCUGGCUCAGCCACAGAUGACUCGGGAGCUCGGGUCCAAGCGCCGCCCAUGCAACAUCCCUGUGCGUCGCCCACCGAGAGUUGAUGAUACAACUCUUAACUGUCUCCGCUGCCGGGAGCCAUGAGCUGUCUGGAUGUUAUGUACCAAGUCUAUGGUCCUCCCCAGCCUUACUUCGCAGCCGCCUACACCCCCUACCACCAGAAACUAGCCUAUUACUCCAAAAUGCAGGAAGCCCACGAAUGCAACGCCAGCCCCAGCAACAGCAGCGGCAGCGGCAGUUCGUCCUUUUCCAGCCAAACUCCGGCCAGUAUAAAAGAGGAAGAAGGCAGCCCGGAGAAAGAGCGCCCACCAGAGGCGGAGUACAUCAACUCCCGCUGCGUCCUCUUCACCUAUUUCCAGGGGGACAUCAGCUCCGUGGUGGACGAGCACUUCAGCAGGGCCCUGAGCCAGCCUAGCAGCUAUUCCCCAAGCUGUACAAGCAGCAAAGUACCGCGGAGCUCCGGGCCCUGGCGGGAUGGCUCCUUCCCGAUGAGCCAGCGGAGCUUCCCCGCCUCCUUCUGGAAUAGCGCAUAUCAGGCGCCGGUGCCCGCGCCGCUGGGCAGCCCGCUGGCCGCCGCGCACUCGGAGCUGCCUUUCGCCACCGCGGAUCCGUACUCGCCGGCCGCGCUGCACAGCCACCUGCACCAGGGCGCCGCAGAGCCCUGGCACCACGCGCACCCGCACCACGCGCACCCGCACCCACACCACCCCUACGCUCUGGGCGGCGCCCUCGGCGCCCAGGCCGCCACCUACCCGCGGCCGGCCGCGGUGCACGAGGUCUACGCGCCGCACUUCGAUCCGCGCUACGGGCCGCUGCUGAUGCCCGCAGCCUCCGGGCGCCCAGCCCGCCUUGCGACCGCCCCGGCACCUGCUCCCGGCAGCCCGCCCUGCGAGCUCUCGGCCAAGGGCGAACCGACUGGUGCAGCGUGGGCCGCGCCCGGGGGACCCUUCGCGAGCCCCGCCGGGGACGUGGCCCAGGGUCUGGGCCUCACCGUGGAUUCAGGUUUACAGCCUCAGGACAAAAGCAAGGAUCUGUACUGGUUUUAGACAACCCACCUUCUUCCCUGUAGGUCUCUGCCUAGCAUACUUGCUGACACUCAGCUGAAUGGAGUGGGUUUGUAACGGCUUCUGAUCUUGGUUUGCAGCUCGUCGUUAUUCCCUCUGUGGUGCAUCCCUCCUGAGCUGAUCUGCUGACCCAGGGUUCCUUCCCCCUUCCCUUUCCCUUCUGAGCAGCCAGGAGGCUCAGCAUCUGUGCCUCUCACUUCAAGGAUGAGGACACGGGGGAAGGCAGAGACUUCAAACUUCUCCAUGUGUCAGGAAAACCAAAACACGCACCUCAGAAAUUUCAUCUAAAAAUAAUUCCUUCUGCCGAAAGAACACAUCCAAAGACUCUGAAUUACGUUUAACGACUUUUGGGGGCAAAUCACUGGAAAUAUCUCUGGUCAGAUCACUUAGGUGAUAUAAGUUUUCUUGGAAGGAGGGAAAAAAAAGAGACUUUUUGGUGUGAAUAUUUUUUAUGCUGAUGUGAAUUAUUUCAUUAAGUGGUGUGAUCAUAGCACUACUGAUGUCAAUAUCCUCAGAUUUAAAAUGUAUUUGUAUUUGCAUCGAAGACUGUGGUAGAGAAAAAGAAGCCAAUUCCUUCUUCCUCACCUAAAUAGCCUCCAGCUCCCUUCCUGCUCAUUCCCUCCCUCCAACCCCCCUCCAGACACAAAGACACACUUUUCUUUUGGAUUGUGAACAUGGAAGCCUCAGCCUGAAUGUGAGUGGCAAGUGGCUUAUCUGGAGCCACCUGCCCAAGUCUUACUGAAAUGCAGCUGUUGUAGGACAACUGUUUAAAACUCCAGAAAUACAUCGACCAAGGUGGCACUUCCCAGUGUUUGGCACAACAAUUGCAAUUGCACUGGAUAUAUUUUAUAUGCGUGUGUACAUAUAUCAUAUUUUUUACAAGGAACGUUUUACGAUGAAAGAAGAAACCCUUCUCUGCCUUCUUUCCCACAAAUUCUGAUCCUCGCUCUAUCCUCCUCUGGAUGAAAAAAAAAAA